UAGCAGCAGAGCAGCUGUCUGGCAGUGUAGGCCUUAGGCGCCAUGGACCUGGUCAUUACACAGGAACUGGCCCAUGCCCAGCACCAACAAGAUACAGCUGCCCUGCAACGAGCUUAUGAACUGAUCAAGUCAGCUAACCUGGGAAAGUCGGAGUUUGACCCCACAGAGAGCUUCAGCCCGGACCUGUUCGUGCUGUGUGCAGAGCAGGCACUCAAGAUGGGAGAGCUCGAGAUGAGUGAUGACUGUCUCCAGAUGUACUUCAAAGUGAAGGGGCCAGUCACUCAGUUUCUGGGCCGAGCACACCUGUGCAGGGCCCAGCUUUGCGCCCCACAGUCAGAGGAACACCUGGAAGAAUUUGAAAACUGUGUGACUCAGUACAUGAAGGCUAUAAACUUUGCAAAAGGAGAACCGAGGUAUUACUUCUUGGUGUAUAAUGCUUCUGUUCUUUACUGGCGAAUGGUGCGGCCAUUCCUCAGGCCUGGAUUCCACCACCUCGUUAUCCCCAGCCUCUCCCAAAUCAUCAGCGUGUUAAAUCAGACAGAAGAGGAUGACAAGGAGUGGCGGGCUGAGCUAAUGAUGGAACUUCUUGAAUGUUACCUGCAAGCCAGAAGAUUUUCGGAUGCUGCCAAGUUUUGCCUGACAGCAGCACCGUUCAUCAAAACCCACGUGCCACACAAAUACCAGCAAGUGUUCGCAGUCAUGGUUCGCUUUGAGCUAAUGAGUGAUCAACACUUGAAGGAGGAAAAGAAGCACUCCACUAGCCUCUCCAUCACUUACCACAUUAACGCACUGAAAGCGAAAGUGGAUAAAAAUAAGUUGCCGAGUGACCUCAACGAUAUUCUGAGGAAAGCCUAUAAACAUUUACAACAUUACAACCACAACCGCAUCCCUUCCAUCAAGGAGGAAAAGGUGCUUUUGCUCUUUGAAUUGGCCCGCCUGUCUCUGACGUUGAAAAAUGAGCCAGUGGCCCAUGACUGCUUCUCAGACCUGAAGAAAAUGGAAAGCAAAGAUCCUAGCGUGCUGCUAGAAAUUGAAGGUCUGGAGUGUGAAUUAGAAGCUUUGCGACUGGAAAGUAAACUUAAUAUGUACCUUCGAGAAGCCGUUGAGGAACAGCUGGGCAUUAUAAAGAGACUGGACACCACACUGCAGCAGGCCAUCCGCCUGGGUGACCCCAAGACCAUCCAUGUGCUGUGCACCACACAGUGGAACGCCUGCCUGCCCCUGCUGCAGCGCAACCUGAGGGGCCACCUCCGGAGGCCUCUGACCAACAUUGCUGAGAUUCUGGAAAAGAUUGACAGUCUCAUGACCCAGAUGCGCUGCCAAGUCCACAUGGAGUUGUCAUAUAUCGAGCAGGAUGAGGACCAGCUGGAGCCUGCCAUUGUGCAUAUGCAGAAAGCCAUGCGCCUGGACAGCCUAGGUCUCUACCACGAGAAGAGUAAGAUGGCUUACAACCGGCUGAAGUUGUGUACCAUGCUGUACCAGUCACCUGACCGUCCUGAGGACCAGGCCACUAUGGCCAUUGAACAGGCGAAGAAAGCCACCCAGAAGGACAGCGUCCGAAAGAAGCGUGCACUCCUGGUGAAUGCAGGCCUGGCCCUUGCCCCUGACACCUUCCAGAUUGUGCUGGACAGCGAGAAUGAGGCCAAAGUGUCUGCUGGGAAAAUCAAGGGUCGCUUCACCUACCUCUGUGCGAAAGCUCGGCAUCACAUGCUCAGCGUGGAGAAGGCUGCUGGACACCUGCGGCGUCUGGGAUAUGAGAAUAACAAAGAGAGAAUUGUGAUUUGGGCUGAGCUGGCCAAGGUGGCCUGGACGCAAGAUGUGUGGGAUGUCUGUCGCACGGCAACCCGCUUCUGCCUCCUGUAUGACAUCAGGUCAAAGAAGGCUGCCAAGAUAAAACGAAUGAAGAAAAAAAAAGGCCCAGAGGGCUUCCAAAGUGAGUGGGGUACCUCUGAAGUGAACCUGCAAAAGCAGAUGGCCUCUAACUUGCUGAGGAAGAUGGCGGAGGUGUCAUUCAUCAAUGCUGAGGCCACUGUCCACUUCCUGCGCUUAGAAGGUGUGGAGCUCAAUGAACAGGUCAUCCCUCCUGAGGACUUGAGCCAACACGCAGCUGGCUACGUACCUGAAUCACCAGAUACCAAUCCGGAGUGGAUCACAUACAAAACUUGGAUAGAAGGCUUGUCACAGUAUGCCAUGAACAACUGGCUGCGUGCUGCAGAAAUUGGGCAGGAGAUAGGGGAAGCCUGGAUUGUGCAGAACGCCGUGGUCUACGUUAUGAACCACAACCGGCAUCUCAUCUUGGCUGGGAGGCAGAAAGAGCUGGUGGAUUCCCUGUAUCACCUCCUGAACAACCUCAAGGCCACCGGCUACAAAGGGAACUCAGUCAUGAUGGUCACGCUCUGUAACACCCUUGCUCGAGGCCUGAUCAUCAGUUCCAUUCCCACCCAGCCACAUGAGAAGUCGAAAAAGGGCGCGCGCCCCGUCUUGAUUCAUGCUCCACUGGACUCAUCUGCUUUGACUGAGAUCAGAGCAGCCCUGGAGGUCUGUGAGUUCGCACUGAACCUCACGAAUGGGAAUGUGAAGGAAAACAUUGUCCCCACCAGCGUACGGCAGUACCUCAUCGCCACCUGGGUGAAGGCCAAGCAGCUAUUACAGCAGCAGAUUGGGCCUCGGCUAGGCAUUGAGGAGCAGAGCACCAAUGAGGAUAUCAAUGGUGUGACCAGAGUCCUUGUUGCCCUUGAGAUGUACUCCUGCAAUGGAUUGGGCCUCAUGGAUUUCAAUGUGCCCCCCCUAGCCCAGGUGGCGAAAAUGGCUUCUGAGUGCAUCUGGACAGAACCUCUGAUGGAGCUGCAGACCCUGACACGCCUCACUCACUUCUCCUAUGUGAAUCAUGACUACGAACUCACCAUGACAUGUUCUCAGAAUGCCACACGGAUGGGCCUCAAGAGGCUGAGGUCGUUUGAACAGACUAAUGCCAAGCUUGCAGCAGAAUUGCUGUGUACUGUGUCCUGCAUCCAGGGCCGCAGCAUCAUGGAAAACUUGAAAGGCAAGAAGCAGCUACGGCUAGCAGCAUCCAAGGCUUUUGUAGAGAGUGCCAGGUUUGGGGGCCUGGCAAACAACAGUUUCCAAGUGAUGAUGGCUGCCCGGCACUACUGGAACACAUGGGUCCCACUUCUGUUCUCACCAAACAACAGGAAGACGGCCAAGGGAUCCCUCCAGCGAAUCAUCACCAUCAUCAACAAGACAGAGGGCAAGACGCAGGGGAUAGAGAAAACCCUGCUCCUACACCAGUGGCCAACAUCCGACUUCCAGGGCGGAGGGAUAGCACUUGAAGGGUCUGAGGAAGACCUCACACUCCGUGCUGCACUCUAUAGCCUGCUCUUCCACAUCCAUGCCGACAAUAAUGACUGGGAGAUGGGCCUUAAGGUGCUGGAUGAGGCCGUGCAAGUGCUGCCAAGGACAGCCCACCGCCUCUUGAUUUUCAAACACAUGGUUAUGGUGAAGGCCAAACUUGGCCAGAACUUUACCAUGGAAAUUCAGAAGUUCAAGGAUGAGAGCGAAGACUACUUGGCAAGCAUGUGGUACCGUAUGGCUCAGAACUCAAAUAACAUCAAUGGAGAGUUCACCUGCUAUCAAAAUGCCAUCCAGGCACUGCAGAAACCAGAGAACAACUGGCAGAAGGUAGACUACAUCGUGGAGUUCAGUGAGUGGCUGUAUUAUAAGCACUACCCCCUGGAAGACGUGGUCAUCCACCUCGAUUGGGCAAUCGGCAUUCUGCUCUCCAUGAAGCCCACAGAAGACUCCCCUGAGCCAGAUACCAAGAAGGAAGGACAGGCCUCCCCUGACCAGUCUCUAACAGGGAAUAGAAUGUUCUCAAAUCUGGAGACAGUCUCCUUGGACCAGUUUCGAAGUGUGAGGCAGUUAGAGGCCCUGGCCCGUGUGCACAUACUGCGGGCCUUGAUGUCGUCCCCAAGCUGCUCUUCCUAUGAAGAUGACUGCUUCAUGGCCUACAGCUUCCUCAGGCAGAUCUGGCAGAUUUCCUUGACAGAAGGAGGAAAACUAAUUCCAGAAAAAACUUUACAAUCAGUUAGUUCACAAUUGUUAUUGCCAAAAAAGGAGAAGGAAAAGGGGAAAGAGAAGGAGAAGGAGAAGGAAAAGGUGAAAGAGAAGGAGAAAGAAAAGGCAAAAGAGAAGGAAAAGGUGAAAGAGAAGGAGAAGGAAAAGGCAAAAGAGAAGGAGAAGGAAAAGGAGAAGGAGAAAGUCAAAGACACGAAACCGAUUUCAACCCCAGCUUCCAUCAAGGCACCUGAUGAUGUCCCCACCAGCAUAGAAGAAUGGGCCUCCUACUCCUGCCCUGAGGAUCUGCUCUCUGUGUUCAAGACAUACAGAAGUGACUUAACCAUCAACUCCACAAGUUUCCAGAAGCCGAUGUACAGUUUGUACUACAUAGACCACUUGGCCAAAGCCCUGCAGAAGAUGUCCCUUCAUGAGCUCAGCAUCCCGGUCCUGCAGCUGGGUGUGCUCAUUGCAGAUGCUGUGGUGGAGAGCAAGAGCCUGGCAGACCUCUACCACCUGCGACUUGCACAAGUGUGUUCUGACCUGAGGCUGCACUACGCAGCAGCUCAUCAUGAAGAGGCGGUUGGACAGGCAUACUUUGGAGACAUGGAGCAGGCCAGAUGCAGAAAAGAGAUUGCAUUUAAAAAAGAGAAGAGCAAGGAGCGAGUGAUAACAAAAAGCGUACCAGUCCCGCAGGAGCAGCUGGAUACAUCCCGCUCAGAAGAAGUGAAGCCACUGACAGCACAAGACAAGGUUUUGAAGACAAAUGCAGAGACUGGCAAAGGCCUGCACGAGACAUCUUAUCCCCAGCUGUGGAUGCUCAAAGGGGAGGUCCUGCUGGAGUUGGAGCUGCACCAACCGGCACGACUGCUCUUGUCAGAGGCCCAACAGAGUUUCCAGGAGCUAGGCGAAAAAUGCGAAGAAGCACAGUGCCUCCUGCUUCUAGCACAGCUGGCCAACAAGGAAAAGAACCAUGGGCAAGCUAUGCUCUUGAUCGAAAGGGCCCAGCAGCUAGGCGGAACUGAGGAGUUCUGGUACAAUUCAACCCUGACUCUGGCUGAGGCAGUCUUAUCCUCUGACGAAAGGAAAAAAGAAAUCACAAUCUGCAAGGUGUUUCAGAAACUCAUAGAUACUUUCAGGACCCUCCAGAAGGAAAGGCCAAACCGAGUAGCCCUACUGGAAAGCCUCAUCAUGGAUCUGGAGACCAGGUGUCUGAAACUUCAAAUCCUGGUUGCCACCGAGCUGAUUACAGUAGAAGAUGUCAAGUGUCCAUUUGUGCUCUCAGAUAUAGAACAGCGCCUGAUAGAAAUUCAAGAAAAAUGUGAAAUCCGUGGCUACCAGAAAAACUGUGUUGACUUAAAAUUAGAGCAUGCAAAGAUAAAGAGGUUGUUUGCUCAAGCGGAAAAAGAUAAAGAACAAAAAACUAUCUAUUGUCUGCAAGUGUACAACUUGUCCCAGAAAGCUAUAGCUGAGGAAGAAGAAGUAUUUCACAAAAUCCAGGGGAUACUGUCCCUUCAAGAUGUACAGAACAUCAACUCCCCACAGAUGAGGAGGCUGGCCCGUCUCAAACUCCGCCUGGCAGAGACAUGCCUGGACAUGCUGCAGCUAGUGUGCAAGGAGGUCCUGGAGUUGCAGAUGGAGCAGGGCUCCUUGGACAAGCUACUUUCAGACUUCCUUCAGAGCACCAGUGACUACUCCUUCGUUGACUUGCAAUGGUUCACCCUAAAGCGGACCCUGCCUCACCUGAUGCUAGCAGAGCUGGAGAGUCUGCAGCCACUGUGCGUCGGCUGCGCAGACAUCCGUGCCCAGCUUCUGGUCCUGGCUGGGAAGGCCCUUCAUCUGCUGUCCGUAAAGAUAGACCCUGUGAACCCCUCCUUCCGCUGGGAGGAAGACCUCAUGGUAAGUGCUAAGCGGAACAGCCUGAGAUCUCUGGAGCUGGAGCUGGACACAGAAGAAAAGAGUGUAGAGGCCUCCUACACGGACUUGACAACCACCAGGGAAGCCCCCAAGGAGCAAAACCGGAAGGCUGAGGGUCUGAAGAAGAAGCUGGUGCUGGCCCAGAGGUUCCUGGCUCAGACUUCAGAGGUACUGCUGCAGUGCAUACAGGCUGCCCUGCGCAGCAACCUUCUGGACAUCGCAGCCACUGCCAGCAUAGAGAUGGUGGAGUGCAUUGGCAUCCUGGAUCCCAUAACCACCUGCCAGUUCCUGGCACUGUCUCAGAGCUGUUCAACCUCAGAGAUGAUGAGGAAGGUUUUGCUCAUGGCCACGAGCAAUACCAGCAGCUCACAGCUGGCGGCCCUGCUGCAGCUCCACCAGCGAAUGAGGCAGCUGGACAAGACUACCACAAGCCUGUUUGCCAAUAUAGAGCAGAGGCUGGCCAGCACUUCCAAGGCAUGGCAGAGCCUCUAUGUCACAGAUCAGCAUUUCACCUUCCUGAAUGAGCUUCCACCCAUAUUCCGGUACCUCUUUCUGCAUCACUCACAAGACAGGACCUGGCUAUAUGGUGCUUCUUUUGAGAAACCAAAGUCCAUGCAUACACCCAAGGGGAAGUCUGGAGCAGUAGGAGGUCACUGCAAGGUAAUGCGGGUGCCUAUGAGUCCAGUUGCCUUCUCAGACCUGCUGGACAAUGUCCAUUGCUUCCGGAAGCAGACACAGACCCAGGAGCGAGACCUGUGUAUGCAGAGGCUUAACAGCAUCCUGGAACACAUGGAGGAAUACUUGAAGCCCAUCGCCCCCGUGUUCGAUUUCCCAGAAGCCAGAACACAGGUGUCAAUGACUAUGGCCGAUACAGCGAAAUACAAAGGCAAAGAGAAGGAAAGGACAUUGUCCAUCCCUCUAGGGCCGCCUGACCCUGAGUACAUGUUCAUGAUCGCAGACAAGUUCCUACUGGAGUUGCCCCUGGAGGGGCUCUCUGCACUCAGUGACGUCAGCUCCCUGUCCCGAGAUUUUUCUCUCCAGAUGCUGUGGAACCGUCUCCACAAAGAGGAGAUAGAAGGCACUGUGAAGAAAGAGAUCAAAGCCAAGGAUUUCAAGAAGAGAAGUCCAGGAAAGAAGAGCAUUAAGGGCGUGAUGCGGGUCAUCCCACAGGAAUGCACCCUAAUCGACACAGACACCAUCAAGUUUGUUGUGGACCCUUAUGAGGAGGCCGACGGCAGAGAGGUACUGAGUCCUGUCUCCAUAACCCAGGAGAUCUUGGAAAAGUUCCGAGACUCAUUCACUGCACGUUGGAUGGGACAUCUGGGAAACUACCACUUUCCAAGCCAGUCUGACUGGGAGCAGCUACUGAACAGCUGCCGAGGCUUUUUCUUCUACGGGAUGGAGAGCUUCCUAACCCACCUGGUAGUGGAAAGAUUGGUAGCCAUGGAUCUGCAAGAAUGCCAGAUGAUGGUCCUGCUGGACUUAACAAGGUCCUCUGAGAGCCGGAAGCGGAAGGUCGAGACGUCAGACCACAAGAGUACGUCACAACGGUCCUUGGAGAGGCCCAUCGAGACUGCCAUCCUUCUGAGUCUGGUGGGAGUUGAGAGCAUUGUGGCCAACCAGUGGCCUACGCUGCUGCAGGACAACGCGCUGAGGGCCACCAUGCUGUGGGAUAACCUGUUAACAGUUGGCAAGCCACUUGGGAAAGCAGUUCGUCUCAUUCAGAGGGUAGGCAGCGAAACAAUGAACAAAAAUGAGGUUCACUGGUCCUCCAAGGAUGAGACAUACCCUGACGAGAGUUCUCAACACACCGAGUCCCACCCCACUGCUCUUGGCUUGGUUCUGUACGGACUGCCUAACCAAGCCAUUAUAUGAGCUAAACCCUAAAGCCUUCGUGGGGCCCCUAUCCCUAGCUCUACCCUUCUGUGACUCCUCUCCACUCAGGACUCUUUCCCCACUUGCUGGGGCUCACCCCAGCCAUGACACAGCCUAAUGGCUGUCCUUCUGUCCUGAGAAGACAGCUGUUGCCCGGUACACCGCCUAGGCCCCUGCUCCUCCUUGUUCGUUCACAAGUUUGUUUUUGGUGUCAUUGUUUUAGUAAAC